ACACCGCCGCUAUAUUUGUAAAGUUCACGAUUGAGAGCGGACGUGUUUUUUUGUUUGCUGCACACACACAACAAUAAACACAAAGGUGCAAAACGUGCCACAGGAUCCAUUUGCAACUCGUAAAUUCAAAUUGUAGUUUUUUGUGCACACUCGUCAUCAAAAUAAAUACAAAUCGAAAAUUCAAAAAAAAAAAAUAAAAAUCAAAAUACGUGAGUCCGCAGCAAACUUUUGUUGAUUGAAAUGCAGCACGCGCAAAGCAAUAACAAUAACACCAACUACAACCAUUACAACUACAACUACAACAACAAUAACGAACUACAACUUAACUAGCAAAUAUCAAAAGUUUCAAGAAGCCGCCAUAACAACAAAUACUGCAAAGUGCAAAUACAAAAAAAAAAAAAAACAACACAACAACAACAAUAAUAUUGCAAAAACAAAAACUAAAUAAAUUCAUCGCAAUCAAUUUCUCAAGUCAGCAAAAGAAAAGAGUUUAAAUUCAAAUACAACAAAAAAAGGCAAAAUCGAAUAAUAUACAAAAAAAAAAAACCAAAACUAAAACACAUACAACAAAAGAUAAAGCAAUUGUUUUUGCACUCUGUCCAGUGAAAUACGAGCGAGCGAGAGCGAGUAGCAAGAAGGAGCAGAGCUGAAGAGAGGAGCGAGAGUGAGAGAGCAAAGGCCCAUCAAAUAAUCAUAAUAACAACAACAACAACAACAAAAUGUCGGCGCGAAUUGUGAAAAAACCGACUUCGAUUUUUGGCGGCGGCAAUUCACCAUAUUUCGAUUGCGGCGACAUUCUCCAAGCGGUUGCCAGUGAUCUGCAGCAGCAGCAGCAGCAGCAACCGGAUCACAUCCUGCUCGACGCCAGCAUGGAACAGCAGCAGCAACAACAACAACAGCAGCAGCAGCAGAGUCGCCAACGUCGCCUGCACGGUUUACUCACACGCACAAUUUCACAGCCAACACAGCAUCAGGUGAAUCAGUUGAACCAACAACAGCAACAACAACAACAGCAGCAACCGAAUGCUUCGCUGGUGACAAUUAUCGAGGAUCUGAACAGCAUGAAUCUGCAUCGCAAGCUGGAGAGAACGCAGUCGGAGCCGCUGCCGCCGCAGCAGCCAAUGAACACAUCGCGCUACAAGACGGAGCUGUGCCGUCCCUACGAGGAGGCAGGGGAGUGCAAGUACGGGGAGAAGUGUCAAUUCGCCCAUGGUUACCACGAGUUGCGCAAUCUGCAGCGUCAUCCCAAGUACAAGACCGAAUACUGUCGCACCUUCCACAGCGUUGGCUUCUGUCCCUACGGACCGCGUUGCCACUUUGUGCACAAUGCGGACGAGGCGCGUGCCCAACAGCAACAACAACAGCAGCAACAACAGCAACAGCAACAACAAGCUCAAGGCAAAUCGUCAGCGUUUGCUUCGCCAACUGGCAACAACAAUUCACCAAGCAGCAACAACAACAACAACAUUUCGAGUGGCAACAUUACGAGUGGCAACAUCAGUCAAUACUUCUUGCCACUGAGUCCGCCACUGAGCAUGAGCACAGGAUCCGAUCGCGAGUCUCCCACUGGAUCGUUGUCGCUCUCGCCCACAAAUUCGCUCACAAAUUUCCCAUUCCACGAUGCGGUUGCCUAUUUGAACAUGCCACCAAAUGGGGCAGGCGGUGGCGGCAGUGUGGUGGCAACAAAUGCAGUUGGUGGCAUCUUGAAUGGUCAUCAUUCAGCUCAUGCUGGAGCUGGAGGAUCGACAUCGACAUCAUCAUCAUCGGCAUCGGCAUCGUCCACCUCGUCGCCCCCCCACGCCCCCCGACAGCCCAAAUGCGCCCAUUUCGCCUGUGCACACGCCACCGCCAUCGUCACAGCAACAACAACAGCAGCAGCAACAACAACUCUAUCAGGAGGUGCAACAUCACCAGGUGCACAAGCAGCUGGUGCAGAAGAGCGUCAGCUCACCAAUGCACUUGCAACAACAUCACCUGCAACAACAACAACAACAGCAACAACAACAACAUGAGGAGGCGCCUCGCUUGCCGGUGUUCAAUCGUCUCAGCUCAGCUGUGGAGACUUAUCAGCAGCACUCCAAUCUGGGACUAUAAAAAGUGCAUUCCCCUCCUCCUCCCCUUCACCCUUUCCCACCCCCCUUUCACUGCUACCGACAACAAUCUCAACAACAACAACAACUUCAACUAAGAACCCUUUUUAUGGCAAGCACACAUUUUCCCUCCCCCCUCCACACCCUUCUGUUUUAACAACACUUUUUCAAACUCUUUCUCUCUCCCUCUCUCUUUCUCUCUCUGUUAUGGCAGCCAUAUUGCACUAUUGUCAUCUCACUCACACUGUUAACUAAUGCUUGCAUUAAUUUGCCUCUAUUGUCAUCUCACUCACACUCAAACAGCAAAGUGCAAGUAAGCUAUCGAUAUCGAUAUCGAUAUUAUGUUAUCGAGCGACAAGUUCGCUCUCAAUUUUGCUCAAACGCUCCCCCCCUCCCCUCUCCCUCUCUCUUUCGCACUUUGUCGCUUUUGUUUAAUAUAUUUAUAUGCAACCAAUUACACACACACACACACACACACAAUUUAAGCUUAAGUUUAGUUAAGUUAAGCUCAAGUCAGCGCCUUUUUACUGUUAUUCGAGUCGCGCGUCUUCCAACAACAACAACAACAACAAAAACAACACAAAAAACAUGAGUAGAAGAAGAGUAGUAGAAGAAGAAGAAGCAGAAAGAAAAGAAAAGCAAAAGCAAAAGUUGUUUGUGUUUGUGGUGUAAAUACAGUUGAUUUUUGAUAACGAUAACACGAUAACGAUAACACGAUAACGAUAGAUAGUUGUAGCUGCGCAAAAAACGAUUUUGAUAUACCUCUUACAGUUACAACAACAACAAGCACAACAGCAAUACAAAUUUUUUAGUUAUUUUUUUUUUAUUAUUAUUAUUAUUUUUUAUUUUUAUUGAAAAUUGAUUUCAUUAUUUUUUUUGCUGACAACAAAACAAAACAUAAUUUAUUUUCAUACCAACAACAACAACAACAAUUUAAUGUUAAUAAUUUAUGAAACAAACACACAUGCAUACACACACACACACACACACACACAUUUUUGACCAUUGAUAAUUUUAUAUAUAUAUAUGUAUAUAUGAAAAAGCGAAAUGAAUAUAUAUAUACAGAUAUAUAUACAGAUAUUUAAAUGUAUGUACCGAAUAUGCAUAAUAAUGAUAAUUUUCUUGUUAAUUAUGUAAUUUUUUUAAUUUAUUACGUUUUUUUCGCAACAUUUCUCUUUCUACCGGGUGCAGAGUUAUACAUUAUUAAUUAUGCCUAUGAUUACGAUAUAAUAUAUUUAAAACAACAACAACAACUAUUUAUACACAAAAUGUAAAGUGAAAUCGAUUGAUCUUGACUAUCGGUUUGACUAUCGAUUGCACUGAUUCUCUUGUAACAACAACAACAACAACAACAGUGUUAAAUAAUAUUAUUAAGCGUGUUUGCAUGAGCCUUAAAAAUACGCGAUAACUUAAACAAACAAAUUUAACUAAUUAAUUAAAUUAUUAUAUUCUUUGUAAACAAUUUUUUACGCGAUGCCUUUAAACAUUAGCCCCUAGCUAUACAUAUAUAUACCAUAUAUAUAUAUGUAUAUAUAUUUAUAAAACAACAACAACAACAAAUACUACUAUAGUAUAUAAUCUACCGAUCUGUCUAUAUAUAUACAUACUUCAUCCGCAUAUAUAUGGAGACAACUUACAACUUACGAAAACUAUUCAAUUGACAAACAAGAAGAAGAACCAAUCAACCAACUAAAUCAAAUAUUUAAUUAUUUCUCUAUUUAUUAUUGUUUUUUUUUUUUAUAUAACUAUUUAUGUCAGUUGUCAAAUUCGAGCUGAAAUGAAAUGGAUAAAGGAUAAUGGAUAAAAUAUAUGGGGGUAAAUCAAAUUCUCAAAGUGCCUUAACAAUAAUUUUAUACCGAAAGAAAAAGUGAAACAAAACAAAAAGAAAACCACAAAAACAAAAAAAAAAAAACAAGUUUAUGAAAAUGUGUGAGAAAAAGAAAACACGAGAAAAAAAGUGCAAGCAGCAUAUUUAUUAUUUAUUAUUAUAUUAUAUUAUUUGCAUUAUUUUUAUUAAUUCUUAUUAUUAUUAUUUUUAUAAUUAUAUAUUUUUUUUGGUAUGUAUUUAAAAUGAAAACAAAAGAAGGUUACGUUUACAUUCUAAUUUUUAUACACACACACACACACCAACACAUUCACACACACACAUACAUGUAUAUUUAGUUCUUUUCUAUUUAAUUUCUUAACUGCGUUUCGAUUCUUCCCAAAAAUUUGCUCUUCCUUUUUGUACAACAAACAAAACAAAAGAAAACCCAACAAAAAUCGAAACGAAACGAAACGUAAUGAAAACAUUUUUGAAUUACGCGCCAAAUUUACCUGACGUCUUCCCUUGAAAACUUUAAUCGAACAGCUUUAUCGACUAUCGAUAAACAAUCGAGCUUUCUUCUUCGUCUUGCGUAUGCCAGUUUCUUUAUUUUUAUACUUUUUAUUUGCGUUUAAAGUUUAAACUAUUGCAUUAAACACACACACACACAUACAUAUACAUACAUCCCUAUAUAUAUACAUAUAUAUACACGCAUAUAUAUUUAAAUACUAUGUACAAAAGAGACAAAAACAACGAAAAAGACAAAUGUAAUUGAACAAGAUUCGUAUAAAAAAAAAAACAAAAAUACAUACAUUUUUAACUGUACUAUGAAUUUUGUUGAAUGAAUGAUAAAAAAAAAAACAAACAGUUAUGCUUCCAUUAAACACUAAUUUAUGUGUG